UGUAUGGUGGAUCAGUAAACCCAGCACUCACUAACCCACCGGCUAAAUGGCAGAAAGAUAUAGAGAUUCCGCCGUGGAGUCAGCCCUCCCUAAAUCAAUUACUCUCACAUCGCCAAUCUGAAAACCCUAGCCCACCGGAAUCAUGAAUCACUCGACAGUCCAGGUGUGAAGAAUUUGAAGCAACACGGGAACUGGUUGAACGAAACAGGAGAAACGUUUCUUGAUUCCUAAAAUUCUCAGCUUCUUUUCUGAUUUUCAGUGCCAUUGUAACAAAAUUCAAGAUACAGCGACAAGGUUCAGGGGGCGACUUGCCCCAGAGUGGCGAGUUUAACCCUUUCCCUGUAGCACGGAGGGUGAACUCCUUCCAAGCUGUUGCAAUGGAUGAUGAUAUGGAGGGUGGGCUUUAUCAGGAAAGGACGAGGACAUUCCCUAACAUGCGCAGUAAACCUUACUCACCUCUGAUCUUUCGUUUGCUCAUGAGAAUAAACAGUCGUGUUCUUGUGGUGCUUUUGCUCUUUGGACUUGGAGCUCUCUUUUAUAUUGGUGCAAGUACCUCGCCAAUUAUUGUGUUUGUAUACUCAGUUUGCAUAAUCAGUUUUCUUGUGUCGAUAUACCUUACUAAGUGGGUACUUUCUAAGGAUGAGGGACCUCCUGAGAUGGUUCAGAUAUCAGAAGCUAUACGUGAUGGUGCUGAAGGUUUCUUUAGGACCCAAUAUGGGACUAUCUCAAAGAUGGCUAUUUUACUAGGAUUAGUAAUCCUGAGCAUAUACCUGUUUCGUAGUACGACACCACAGCAAGAAUCUUCUGGUUUGGGGAGGUCAACAUCUGCUUAUAUUACUGUUGCUGCUUUUCUUCUUGGGGCUCUUUGCUCUGGUAUUGCUGGCUAUGUUGGAAUGUGGGUCUCUGUGCGUGCAAAUGUUCGUGUAUCAAGUGCAGCAAGACGAUCUGCAAGAGAGGCAUUGCAGAUUGCUGUUCGCGCUGGUGGAUUUUCUGCUUUGGUGGUUGUUGGAAUGGCUGUCAUUGGUAUUGCUGUUCUUUAUGCCACCUUUUAUGUUUGGUUGGAGGUUGAUUCACCAGGUGCCAUGAAGGUUUCUGAUUUGCCCCUUCUGCUUGUUGGAUAUGGUUUUGGAGCUUCAUUUGUUGCGCUUUUUGCUCAGUUGGGUGGUGGAAUAUAUACAAAAGCAGCUGAUGUUGGAGCUGACCUUGUCGGAAAGGUGGAGCAGGGUAUUCCUGAAGAUGAUCCACGUAAUCCUGCAGUCAUUGCUGAUCUGGUCGGAGACAAUGUUGGCGACUGUGCUGCUCGUGGUGCCGAUCUGUUUGAAAGUAUUGCUGCAGAAAUAAUAAGUGCAAUGAUACUUGGUGGAACAAUGGCGCAACGGUGUAAAAUUGAGGAUCCAUCAGGCUUCAUUCUGUUUCCUCUUGUUGUUCACUCAUUUGACCUGGUAAUAUCUUCAGUCGGGAUCUUUUCUAUUCGAAAUACACGUGACUCUGGAAUCAUUGGUGCUAUGGAGGAUCCAAUGAAAAUUCUUCAGAAAGGAUAUUCUGUAACAGUAGUUUUAGCUGUUCUUACAUUUGGUUUGUCCACACGCUGGAUGCUGUAUACUGAACAAGCACCUUCUGCUUGGUUGAACUUUGCCUUGUGUGGUUUGGUUGGCAUUAUGACGGCUUAUAUCUUUGUAUAUAUCACAAAGUAUUACACCGAUUACAAGCAUGAACCUGUUCGCACAUUAGCACUUUCUAGCUCCACGGGACAUGGAACUAAUAUAAUUGCUGGAGUUAGUUUGGGUCUGGAGUCAACAGCUCUUCCUGUUCUUGUUAUUAGUAUUUCUAUUAUCUCAGCAUUUUGGCUGGGCCAAACUUCCGGGCUGGUUGAUGAGUCUGGAAGUCCAACUGGUGGGUUAUUUGGAACAGCUGUUGCGACCAUGGGAAUGCUCAGUACAGCAGCUUAUGUGCUCACAAUGGAUAUGUUUGGUCCAAUAGCUGAUAAUGCCGGUGGAAUUGUUGAGAUGAGUCAACAGCCUGAAAGUGUACGUGAAAUUACUGAUGUUCUUGAUGCGGUUGGAAAUACUACAAAAGCUACGACCAAAGGAUUUGCAAUUGGAUCUGCAGCACUGGCAUCUUUUCUUCUGUUUAGCGCUUAUAUGGAUGAAGUAGCUUCAUUUGCACAUGUAGCCUUUAAUCAGGUUGACAUUGCCAUACCUGAAGUGUUUAUUGGUGGAUUGUUGGGCUCUAUGCUUAUAUAUCUGUUUAGUGCAUGGGCCUGUGCUGCAGUUGGUCGAAGUGCUCAAGAGGUAGUUAAUGAAGUAAGGAGACAGUUUAUUGAGAGACCGGGGAUCAUGGAUUACAAGGAGAAACCUGAUUAUGGUCGAUGUGUAUCUAUUGUUGCUUCUGCGUCUUUAAGGGAGAUGAUAAAGCCUGGAGCGUUGGCUAUUAUAUCACCUAUAGUUGUUGGUUUUCUAUUCCGGGUGCUAGGCUAUUAUACAGGUCAUCCUCUGCUUGGUGCAAAGGUUGUGGCUGCCAUGUUGAUGUUUGCAACAGUCUCUGGUAUCCUCAUGGCUCUAUUCCUCAACACUGCUGGAGGUGCUUGGGAUAACGCAAAGAAAUACAUUGAAACUGGCGCUUUAGGAGGCAAAGGGAGUGACUGCCACAAAGCAGCAGUUACUGGUGAUACAGUGGGAGAUCCAUUCAAGGAUACUGCAGGACCAUCUCUUCAUGUUCUCAUCAAAAUGCUGGCUACCAUAACUCUCGUGAUGGCUCCCAUCUUCCUGUGAAUGUUGUCGCUCCAGUAAAUGGCACUAUUACCCGGAAACACUCCUCUAUGCAUAUACACUUUUGAGUUUUUUGAUGUAAUUGAUGGUGCCUACUCAAUUUAAAGUCAAUAGUAACAUCAUUUUUUUUUUCUAGCUUAUUUGAAUAAGAGAUUUAGUAAGUUGCUGGUUGGUUUGUCACUGAUAGUUAAUAUUCCUGCUUUCCUUUUUA